AUGCCGGGAAUAAGUCUCGCAGAGACCAUUGGGCAGUUAAAUGUGAAUGAUGAAUGGGGCCCUGAAACAUCUUCAGUCACCACUCUUGAUGGCGUCCCAUAUGCCCCAUAUUCGAAGAGCGACAAAUUAGGUCGCAUGGCCGAUUGGACCCAAGAGGGCAAAGAAGGACGUGACCGAGGAGGGAGACAGUAUGGCAGGAACUUCAGAGACCAACAAAUCUAUGGUGCCGGCACAUCCUCACUUUUCGCCGUCCAGGUCGCAGAAGACGAAUCGUCCUUUUCGGUUGUUGAUAAUACUCGGGCUACUACGAAGACUCGAGGAUUUGGUCGAGGUGGAGGUACAGUCUUCCGUGGACGUGGUCAACGUGGGGCUCCUCAGCGAGGCGGCAGAGCUGGAUUCCAGAGAGCCGGGCAGGGUAGAGCAGGUGGCCAACAACAGUAUCAAAACUACGAUAAUCGUGGAGGUCGGGGCGGUCGGGGUCGUCGCUUCGGCUGGAGAGAUUAUGAUAAACCACAACGAAAUCGUGAUGCUUCGGUCAAUAUCCGGUCAGAUUGGAUCAUGAAGGAGGAAAUCGACUUUAAUCGCCUUACAAAACUUAAUCUCGAGACCUCGGCUGGUGAAGAUGUCGACAGCUACGGCUUCUUAUAUUACUACGAUCGUGCUUUCGACAAAGCUCCAGUCAAGAACACGGAACGAAAGCUACUUUCUCUCGACCGCGCAGCAUACAAUGUCACCACAUCCGCCGAUCCAGUCAUUCAAGAACUCGCCGAAAAGGAUGAGGCCACCAUCUUCGCCACCUCUGAUAUUCUUUCCAUGCUCAUGUGUGCUACCCGCAGUGUCUACAGUUGGGAUAUUGUGAUUGUAAAACACGGCGACAAGAUCUUCCUCGACAAGCGACCCGAUAGCAGCAUCGAUCUGGUGACUGUGAACGAAAAUGCUGCCGACGCACCGCUUGAAGCUGAUUCAGCUGCAACCCCCUCCCAACAGCAAACCGGUGUCAAGCCUGAAAGCAUCAAUACGCCAUCAAACCUCGCCAACGAAGCCACCAUGAUCAACCACAACUUCGCCCUCCAGACGGUGCUAGAAAACCCAUCGUCAAAGGUUGAAUUCUCACACCCCAACCCAUUCUACAGUGCAUCGGAGGAAACAGACCCUCUGGCCUCCAAGGCAUACAAAUAUCGGCGAUUCGACCUAUCCCUCGAGCGUGACGACGAACCACUGCACCUCAUCGUACGAACAGAAAUUGAUGCAGCAGUCAAGAACAACAUUUCAGGCGAAGACCAAUACCUCGUCAUCAAGGCCCUCAACGAGUUCGACCACCGCGCACAAGGUGCUGGCGGUGCACUUGAUUGGCGCACCAAACUGACCUCUCAACGCGGUGCGGUGGUCGCAACCGAAAUGAAGAACAACUCAUGCAAACUGGCUCGAUGGACUACACAAGCCAUCCUCGCCAAAGCCGACCAGAUGAAAUUGGGCUUUGUGUCCCGGUCGAACCCCAAGUCGGCCGCCAACCACGUCAUCCUCGGUGUCGUUGGCUACAAGCCUAGAGAAUUCGCCAGUCAGAUGAACUUGGGCUUCAGCAACGGUUGGGGUAUCGUACGAACGAUCGUCGACCUGGUCAAAGGCUUGAGUGCAGGCCAAGAAGGAGAUAAGAAGUAUGUCCUCGUCAAGGAUCCCAAUAAGCCGGUCAUCAGACUGUAUGAAGUGCCGCUGAACACUUUUGAUGAGGAUGAUGAGGACGGCUUGACAGGUGCGGUGGCUGGUGGUGGUGAUCAGGACGGUGAUGAGGAAUAG